UCGAGAAUCGUUGAGCACCUUGCCAGUCACGCUGCGGAGUAGGCGGGGCCUCCUGCCUGGACUGAAGCCUCCCAGGAAGAGUGCGCGGGCGAGCGGCUGGCGGGGAACCCAUGUGGCGGGGGCUCUUGACCCUGGUAGCCCGGGCGGCUCGUGGGCCUCUCAGACCGUGCACGCGCCAGGGCAGCCGCACUCCGGUCCCCGGAUCCGGGGCCACCAUUUUCGCGCUGAGUUCCGGCCAAGGCCGCUGCGGCAUCGCUGUGAUUCGGACCAGCGGCCCCGCCAGCGGCCACGCCCUCCGAAGCCUCACGGCGCCCCGGGACUUGCCCCAGGCUCGCAGGGCCUGCCUGCGCCUACUCAGCGACCCCCGCUCCGGGGAGCCGUUGGACCGCGCGCUAGUGCUGUGGUUCCCAGGUCCCCAGAGUUUCACGGGUGAGGACUGCGCGGAGUUCCACGUGCAUGGAGGCCCGGCGGUGGUGAGUGGCGUCCUGCAGGCCCUGGGCAGGGUGCCAGGGCUGCGGCCAGCGGAGGCAGGAGAGUUCACCAGGCGGGCCUUCGCCCACGGGAAGCUGAGCCUGACUGAAGUGGAGGGGCUGGCAGAUCUGAUCCAUGCGGAAACUGAGGCACAGCGGCGGCAGGCCCUGAGGCAGCUGGACGGGGAACUGGGUCACCUCUGCCGGGGCUGGGCGGACACCCUCACUAAGGCUCUGGCCCAUGUGGAGGCCUAUAUCGACUUUGGGGAGGAUGACGACCUGGAGGAGGGCGUCCUGGAACGAGCUGACAGCCAAGUGCGGGAGCUGGAGGUGGCACUGGGCGCACAUCUUCGAGAUGCCAGGCGUGGGCAGAGGCUCCGCUCAGGGGCUCACGUGGUGGUCGCGGGACCCCCCAACGCCGGCAAGAGCAGCCUAGUGAACCUGCUCAGCCGGAAGCCUGUGUCCAUCGUGUCCCCAGAGCCAGGGACCACCCGAGAUGUGUUGGAGACCCCUGUGGACCUGGCCGGGUUCCCGGCACUCCUGAGCGACACGGCAGGGUUGCGGGAGGGCACGGGGCUAGUGGAGCAGGAGGGUGUGCGGCGUGCCCGCGAGAGGCUGGAGCAGGCUGACGUCAUCCUUGCAGUGCUGGACGCCUCUGACCUAGCCUCUCCGUCCAGCUGCAACUUCCUGGACGUGGUUGUCAACCCCGCGGCAGGCCGGAGCCCCGAUGGAAACAGCCAACGUCUCGUGUUGGUGCUAAACAAGUCAGACCUGCUGCCCCCUGGGGGCCCAUACCCAAGUCCUGACCUGCCCCCUCACCUGCUGCUGUCCUGCCUGACGGGGGAAGGGCUGGACGACCUCCUGGAGGCGCUGCGGAAGGAGCUGGCUGCAGUUUGUGGAGAUCCGUCCACAGGCCCACCACUUCUGACGCGGGCAAGGCACCAGCAUCACCUCCAGGGCUGCCUGGAUGCUCUCGGCCAUUACAAGCAAGCUAAAGAUGUAUCCCUGGCGGCCGAGGCACUGCGGGUCGCCCGGGGGCACCUGGCCCACCUCACCAGUGGAGGGGGCACCGAGGAGAUCCUGGACAUUAUCUUCCGGGACUUCUGUGUGGGCAAGUGAGGGGACUGCUGAAGCUCAGACCAGGCUGGGUGGGUGCCCAGAAGCCUGGAGGCAUCCAGGAGCAGCUUAGGCCAAGUGAGAUUCUUAUCCCCUGGGAAGAACUUGACCCCAAAGUGAGUGAACUCCCUGCUGCUGGUGGUGACCAAGCUCUAGCUGGACAGAUUGCCUUGCAGGGACUUGCUGGAAGUUCAGGCCCUCGAGGGGGGCUGAACAGAGAUCCCUUUGGGCGCCUUAUGCUGGGGGAGUAGCAAUUGGGAGGGAGGUAGGAGGGUCUCAGGGGUCUUUGUUUAAUAGUUUUUCAUUUAUUUUGCAAAUUCCAAAGGAAUAUAAAAAACUCAGGUGAUCCUGAAAUGUUUAAAUGUAGAAAUCUCCCUCACCCCACCACUAGGGUCAUGGUUUAACUUGUGUCCUUCUAGAACUUUCUCAGAGUGUUUGCAUACUUGUGGAUGCACCUGUAAAAUAAUAUGUUUUGUCUUGUAUUUUCUAUAUACAUUGUGUGUUUAUUGCUCAUUCCUUUUUCAGUGUUAAUCUCAAAAUUUUGCCUCUUAUAUCUUAAAAGUGACUUGCAAAAUCACGGAGCUCUACUCUCUUUCCCAACUUAGUCUUCAUUGAUACAUUCAUUCACUCAGUGAAUAUUUAUUAAGCACCCUCUAUGGGCUAGAAUUGUACACGUCAUUUUCCUGGAUUUUCAUAACAGCACAAUGUGGUGGGCAUUUUGUUACAGUUCCACAGAUGAGGAAACAGGUUCAGAGUAGUAGUUGGUUGAUGAAGGUCCCUAGCUUUGAGAUUUGCACAUAGGUCUGUUUAAUUUGAGUUCACUGUGAGCCUUCUGUGCAACAGGCCAAGUGCAGGGUGCUCGGGAACAAACAGCCAUCACCCCUGCCUUUGUUAGAGGCACAGCUCCUUCCAGUGAGGUCUGAUGGCUGCUGUGCAAACUUACGAUGAGGGGACCUGACCUGGUCAGGGACUUGGCUGGCUGCCCUGCAGAGGUGGCAUUUGCACUGACAUCUGAAUGGUGAAAAGGCGGAAACCAGAUAGAGAAGGCUUGUGAGAGUGUCCCAGGCAGAGGGCACGGCUUAUGCAAAGGUCCUGAGGUGGGAGCAUCACGUUAUGAUCAAGGAAGAGCAAGGUGGCCAGUGUGUCUGGAGCAGAGGGAGUGAAGGGAAGAGAGAAGGGAGGUGAGCUCAAGGAGAGGAAGGGCCUGAUUAUAGCGAGGCCUUUGAUUCUGAGAUCUAUGGGGGGCCUGCUAUAGUGGUGAUGAACCAGCAGAGGGCGCCUUGCUCUAACAAAGAAGAUUCCUUUCCAUCAGCGCUCCAGUCCCUUAGGGUCCCAGGGAUCUAGGCUUCCUCACCCACCUGGCAGCUUAUGAAUGGUCAACUCCCCUUGCCAGAGGCGGAAACUGAGUCCGAAAUAGAGUCAGGAUCUUUUCCAGAAUCAGAAAAAGGUCUCCACCUCCAGUGGUUGAAUACAUAAGCUCUUGGGUUCCAGGGGACACAUGAACAGAGGCCGGGAGGUGUCUAGGGCUCACGAAGGGUAUGAAAGGGUCUUCAGGAGACACCCACCACCCAACUAAAGGGGACCCCCAACUUCAGGUCUUCACAGACUUUACUGCAAUAUGUCACUAUUUGUUGAUUUCUUUGCUUAUUCAACAGCUGUGGUUGCCUCUGAGGGCUGGGCUCCUGGAGGGGAAAGGUCAUUCUUCUAGAUAAGUCCCUGGAUGUUACUACUAUGCCCAUUUUACAGAAAAGCAAACUGAUGUUCAGAGAAGAAAAGCAAUACUGCGGGUCUAGUGGGGGUGGGUGUCCAGAUCUCAUAGCAUGGGGAGGGUCCAGAGAGCUCCCAGGACUGCUGAGCAGGGUCUGGAUGCGGAGGGAGACUCUUGGGGCAGGAUGCCUGGGCCUCCACCUACCUCCCCCUGGACACUGGCACAUGGCUGGACUGAGGUCCUUGGCUACAGUCCUUUUUUUCCAAGAAGGGUGAGGCAGUUUGUGGGAAGCAGCCAUGGGGGUUAUUUAUAGAGGUCACAGGAAAUCUCCAGAGUCAGAACCUCACCCAAGUGGCUGGACCACGUAGGGUUAGGGAGAGGGUUUGCCAAUUGCUCCCAACUGGUACUCAGUCCCCCUCUGUUCUCCGCUCCCAGGGGAGCCACCAAGCCUGGGUGAGUCAGAGCUACAAGAUCAGGGCCGGAAAGAGGGAUGGGGCUGGGGAGGCCCACAGGGGGAACAAGGGCUAGACCUGGGGCAUCCAGGAGGGCCGCCUGGAGGAGGGAUCUCUAGGGCUGGGCCUUGAAGGAAGAAUUUAUCAGGCAAGAAAAAGGUAUUUUAGUCUGAGGGCACAGCCCAAAUUAAAAUGGAGAGUCGGUGAGUCUUAAAAAAAAAAAAAAAGGGCCGGUGAGUCUUUUGUCAGAGAAUUAAACAUCCAAGACAGCUGGAGGCUAGGACGGCCCUGUGCAUGGGGUGAAGGAGUACAAGAGAGACAGGAAAGUGGACUGUGCCCAGGGUAAUGGGGAGCCAUAAAGGGUAUGUGACAGAGAGGGGCGUGGUUGGAUCCUGUGAUGGAAGGAUCCCUCUGGGCCAGUAUGGGGGCCAUACUGGAAGCAGAGGCUGAGGUCUAGGUGUUAGAGGACUGGACCAGGGCUGGGCAUAGGGACUGCUUGGAGGGAUGACAUCCUGGGCUGCUCUGGAUGAGAGACCAACCAAGAGUUACAGACCUGUGCCCAUUUCUCAGAUGAGAAAAUGGAGGCUGAGAUGGACUGAGCCAAGAUUUGAACCCAAGAUGUCUGGCUCCAGAACCCAAACUCGGGCUUCCUGUGGUUGCUGGGACCGGCCCGCGUCUGUGUUUUCUCCAGGACUUAAGGCUGCCCAGCAGUAUACUUAGGGUCAGGGACGUUCCUGCUUCCUUGGGGCCUCCAGACUGGCCCCUCUGGGCAGCCUGGCCUUACUGACCCCCCUGCCCUGUCUUGGCGGGGCCCCAGCCAAGUGUUUCCUGCAGCAGCUGUCUCUCACCCCGCGUUUCCUUAUCCAGGAAGUAUCGCUCCUUUGUCCCUCCAGACUUGCCUGCCCAAAGCUUGUGUUGCCAGCCUCAUCCUCAUGAUUCA